AAGAAGGAAAAGCGAGCAAGACGAGGAAGAAAAUUGUGUGCAGUGCAGACAUGUGGCUAAGAAGCGUGCUCCUAAUAUGCGGUGUCAUUGCGGGCACGCUAGCUGACAGUCCAUCGAAUAUCGUGCAGAUAUCCGAUGACAGUUUGACUCGAAAAAAUGUCGCAGCAACGACAUAUCAACCACCGCGAGCCAUCGCGAUUGAAGACUUUGUGACAUCGCACAAGUUGCCAGAAAACGUAGCGAAACCAUUGGACGACUAUGAUGACGAAUACAUCGACGAAAAAAAAGUCACAUUUAAAGACAAUAAGCAAGCUAAAAAAGUAGCUCAGAAGUUCGAAAAUAUUGAAAAAAAAGUGGCUACCCUCGAACCUGCCAGACGUUUAGAUCUGGCCGAAGAGGACUUGGAGAAUCUCAAUGCUAAAAGACAAACACGAGUUGAGCUCGAAAAUUUUAGUGACAGUGGAAAGGUUUUGCAGGAAGGCAGAAUACAGAAAAUUGAUUCUAAAAGGCCGCGACCAAGUGAACAGGAUGAGGUUAUUCCGGGAGUCUAUGUCAGCGCGGAAUAUCCAACAACUAUGCUACCCAUCCUAACAACUCCACGUGAAGCACGUAGCAAAGACAACCUCUUUGAUUUCGUUCCUGUAAACAUUAUUCGUGAGGAUAGCAAAGAUGGUUAUGCACGGUUUUCAGACGCAAAUUUCGGAGACUUGGGUGACGUUAGUUUAGUACCGGCUGGUACGAAUUCUCGUAUUCAGGUGAAGAAAGGACCGAACGGGAAGGAUUACGAAUAUGAGUAUGUGUAUUAUUACUACGACGAGGAGGAUGAAAACAAAGCAGGUACUGCGGGUUCACCUGUGACGAAUUCUUACGACAUUCCUUCCAGAACAACCUCGGCGCCCAGGAGAGCUUCCACCAACAACAGGAGCAAGUACAGUUCCGUGGAGAGGUCAAGCACCGUGGAGCCUAGCAACAACGAGGUCAUACCAAAUAGAAACGGUAAUCGAGGUAGACAAUUAGUUGAAACUGAAGAUAUUUCCGAGGAAAGACUACCUGCGAACACUCGUUUUCCACCGAGAUCGCGAUCAAAUCACAAUACAGGCACAACGGAAUCUUCACGAGCUCGUAGUAACCGACCGCGACCGAAUCUGGAUUUGGUUGAUUCCAGCAGCUUCCGAACUCAUCAAGAGGGUCCCGAGUUUCCGCAAACCUUACCGAAAGGACCAGUCAGAUUCUUAGGUGUUACCCCUAAUGAGGACAAUGAAGAGAAAUCUUUGGUCAGAAACCGCGGAAGACCACAAAAGGUUCAAGAACCCGCUCCUGUCGAAGAAGAUGUCGAAGACACACCGACACCUAGAAGACGCCUGGGCAUUACAGCAUCGACUGAAACUGGAGUCGAACUGAGCAGAGGUCAACCGAUACAUCAUUUCAACGAAGAAAAUGAUGAUGAGGAAAGUGACGCACCGGAAAGAUCAGGCAACAAACGCGUACCUUUGGAGGACAAAACGCAAGAGUCUAGUGAGACGGAAGCUUCGCCGAUCUAUCCCAGCGUCACUGCUGAUCCCACAGAUAAUCCAACGACGGAAUAUCCGUCAGUUAUGGACAAGGUUGCUCUGGAUCUUUAUGCUUUCCUGCAACAAGGACAAAGUAAUCUGAUAGACGCGGCCAGCAGCGAUGCUAGCGAAACAGAUGGAGAUAGCACGACGAUAUCCAACGAUGAGAUCACGACCGACUUAACAACACCAGCGGAACUUGCCGACUCUACAAUCAUUAAUGAAUCCUCUAGCACAACGACCACGACGACGACGACAACAACGACGACGACAACGACCACUGAACCGACAACCACAACGACAACGACUACGGAACCACCGACUACCACCACUCAAGCUCCCGCAGGAAGAGGGAAAUUCCGACGACCUGGAAUUGGCGGCCCAGCUAUCUCGAGAAACCGGUUCAAGUCCAACGGCAGUACUAGCACGACCGAAGCACCCGCAGAGCCGACCCAAAAAACCCGAACACGUUUCGGCAGCAAUGGCUCAAAUGGCGGUAGUGGGUUUAAGCGACCUCGACCGGGCGGUAAUCACAAACCAAUCGAGGAAGACACCGUGCAGAAGGAGACCGCCAGCUCAGUAAACGCAGAGAAACCGCCACCCGGUCGUGGCAGAUUCCGCGCACCAGCCGGUGGCAGAAUCGCCGUCUCCACCACAACAACGUCGGCGCCAUCAAACGGUGCAACGGCGCCAGCAACGGCAGCAGCGUCACGACCUACCUUCAACAAGCUGAACAUCAAUCGGAGACGCGGACGACCGACUACAGCCGCGCCAGGAAGCGAAGAACCCCAGGAGGGAGCGGCACAUUCCGAAACCGGUCAGAUUGUCGCCCAGACCGCGCCGGAAAGCGCAACCCCGAAAUCCGUCGUUCGCACGAGACUUCCUGGUGCGCCUGCAAUUAGACCGGCCAUCAGACCGGGUGGUAGAGUCAAUUUGAGACAGAAACCGGGACAGCCUUCGACCACAACGCUUGCACCGGAAGCUUCCCCUGACGGCCCUAUUGAGGAACCGGCUGGAGAAGGAACCGAGGAGGAAACUCACGAGGCACCGGCAGAAACCAGCCCACCAUCAAAAGCUACCACAACGAAUCCUUUAAACAAACUUCGCAACCGCAAUCGAUUGCAAGUGCAACCGAAAACUACAACAAAAUCACCGGCGUUGCCGGCGAUCAGAAGAUCGCCACUGCUACCGCGACGCAAGGCAACCGAGACCCCGGCUGUUCAAUCGAGCCAGGAGGAGACCGAAUCUGAAGAGGAAACUACUUCCAGCGAAAUCGAGCCGACCGAGGCGGUCCUCCUCACCGAGACUAGCACGGCGGCCAGCGCGAAGCACGAGGAAACACGCGGUCUAAGUGGCCUCUUGGCACCCCGACGCAGGAUACCAGCGCGACGUCCAGGUCAGAUAAUCGCCUAAGAAUCAAAGAUAACACCGGCAUCCUGGACCCCACAAACGAAGCAUUCACCCGAGGAUCUGAAAGGCGAUUCCCGUGAUUAAUUGAGACGCGAAGAUAGAAGAGUAUACAUAAAUUAGACAUCCUGUCGUUCGCUCGACUAAAUGAUACACCAGAUGCCAAUCUUGGAGCGAGAUCUCUCAAUAUUCCCUCUCUCAUUUUUUCCUAAUAUUUUUCUCUGACCGAUAAAACGGCAUCUCUGUGUGUUACGACGAAUAUGGCAGGUGUACAUAAUAGUGUCUUUUACAAGAAUAGCUUCUUUUGAAGAAUUUAAGUUUGUAAUACUAUUUUAAUUGUAUCCUGAACGUGCGUCAAAC